CUUACUAUUACGUAGUGACACGCUAAGCCCAUUGUUCAACCUCGUGACCAGCAUAGUGAUUUCCCUACGCUCUGUUUCAAACAUCACAAACAACAUCCUACGGCCCAGUCGGCCUGCGCUAUUCUCCUCUGACACACUCGAGACGAAGGUCAGCGAAAGAAUAUCCCGACGAUUAUCACGACCCGCGUAGCGCAGCGCUUCCUUGGCUCCCAUCUCUGCGCCGCUUUCGGCGUCUCGGACAACCUCCCGCUAUGCGACUUCACCAUGCUGCCAUCGUGGCAGCCUUAGCCUCUCUGGGCACUGCAAAAUCAAAUAGCAAUAUACAAGCAGACAUAAACAAGGCUGUGCCUCCGUCUCCGUCAACGCGCCUUUUUGCUGCUCUGGAGCGCUUGGCCCGGCUUGUUGACAUAUCUUAUUGCAUAGGCACCACUGGGGUACACAAGCCGUUUGACUGUGCCUCGCGAUGCAAAGAGUUUCCGGAAUUAUCACUCGUCGAUACUUGGAGCACGGGUAUGUUCUUCUCGGACAGUGUCGGCUACAUUGCGCUAGAUCAUGGCGUCGAACAUGGCCUCGCGGCGGAUCCCGCGGCACCACAAACUACGGAAGGGGCUAUCAUUGUUGCGUUCCGUGGAACAUAUAGCAUCGCCAAUACAAUUGUUGAUUUAAGCACCAUACCGCAGGCAUAUGCCCCAUAUCCGUCACCGGAUGACGGCGGCGAAGCUCCUGAGAAGCCUAGCCAUGAAUGCGCAAAUUGUACAGUGCAUUCCGGGUUCCUGUCCACUUGGCAAGACGCGAGAGAGGAGGUCAUUCCCAAGCUUGUAGCUUUGCACAAGAAGCACCCAACAUAUCCUGUUCAUCUCGUCGGUCACAGUCUUGGUGGUGCUGUAGCUUGCCUGGCGGCGCUGGAACUGAAGGUUUCGCUUGGAAUCGACGAUGUUGUCGUUACUACCUUUGGCGAGCCAAGACUAGGAAACGAUGCACUCGUCCGAUUUAUCGAUGGUGUAUUUGAUACCAAAGCAGACUCAGCUUUGGAAAGCCGAACAUAUCGCCGUGUUACACAUGUGGGCGAUCCAGUUCCCCUUCUACCACCUGGGGAAUGGGGCUACAAAUCCCACGCUGGUGAAAUUCAUAUUACCAAGUCUGAGCUGCCCCCCUCUGAAGAAGACAUUAUAAUUUGUGUUGGUGACGAAGAUCCUGCCUGCAGCACGAGAGAGGACAGCAUACCUGAUGAGGUGAUCCGUCGACUUUCGCCAGCGACUGGCUUGGACACAUCUGAGAGCGUCCCCAUCCUGAAGCGUGGUAUCCCCACACGGCUGAAGUUGUGGGAACUGCUAUUCUCGCACCGAGAUUACUUUUGGAGACUUGGACUCUGUUUGCCUGGCGGUGAUCCUGCUAAUUGGGGGCGGGAGGCACCGAGACUUGAUCUGGGACAGGACGAGCUGUAGUUUUGAGUGAUGAUGUUACGGUUUUAUGAAUUAGGUUACAGGCAUAGCGAGGCUUUACCGGUUGAUGGGAGUUUGGCGUCGUACUUUUAGUAUACAUUUUGUUUUUAUCCCUAAGAAUACGCUUUACAAUGUGCAUUUUGCAGAGCGAUCAGGAUCCUGCGUGAUGUAGCGGCACAUGCAAGGGCACGACCCAGCAGAUAGUGCCCGAUUGGGCUCUAGCCUAACAAAGAACAGGUGCUAUUGGGCAGUGACUCACGCUGAAUUACUCGAUUCGUUCGGAGUCGAAGGAAUGGGACAUCUACUUUGGAGGUGGCGCUGAGUGCAGAGGGGCACGCGACCAGAGCAGAUAAGAGCACAGCCCUGGUGACCAAGUACAACGAAAAUGUGUUGUUGUCUUGGGCUUGCAGGCUGAAGGAUGGUACCACAUCUGUCUUUUGCCUCACCCUGUGAUGUCUUGUGGGCUGUUUACCUUUGCCGGCUGUAUAGAAAGAAGCUACCUGUAGCUGAGAGAGAAAUAGAUCGCUGUUUGAACUGUUUGUUACUAAGAACGGGUUAGUGAUAGUAGUGUACCAUCUGAGAUAAUGGCUUGAGAACGUAAAUAAUAGCCAGUGGUGCUUCAGAGAGCCAGUGGAGAUGGAUAAAAAAAAGACAUCAUUAGCCCCUAGUUGGGCACCCAGUUUACCUGCAAUAGUAUGCAAGACAAAGUCAUCACAGCGUGUUCACCGCACCGUAAAUCAACUGGAAAUUUGGUGGGAAAAAAAGAGGGGAGCAGACGUGGAAGGGAGAGGAGCCUAGCCGUGUAGCGGGGGCGGCAAGGCGGGCAGCGUUACCCGUCGCCCGCUAAUACUUGGUAUUACUGUAGAGAGAGAGGGGGAAAUAGGGCCGCGGAGAACAGGCCACAGGCAAGAUGGAAG